AUGUCAUUUCGUGCCCAGGAUGAAAAUGAAGCAGCGAAUUGCAUCGCUCGAGACGUCCACUCCAUGCUUGACACGUUCAAUCGAACCACGAAUCCUUGGGGUAUAGAAAAGUUCCAGAUCAAGUCCGCCCCUCCCAUCAAUCCUGGUCAGGUCACCGCCAGUCGGACCACAUCCCUCACGCCUCAUGCAACGGUCCACGCAUCCACCUGGGCUGCUGUUGCUGCAACAGACAUACCAGCCAACAACCGCUUGGUCAAAUUCCGUCCAUCUGACGGUCUGAAGCGACAUGUCACAGAUGAGGUGGUUGUCCAGCCGCACGAUGAAGACGAGGACAUGAGAUGUGCUUGGGUUUAUGGCUGGAAUAGGAACAGACAUCUACAAAACGUUACCGACCGCAUCACUGUCGGUGCCAUCUUCUCGGUCGUCUAUGUCCACGAGCAUGAGGCCGUUUGCAUCAUCUUUCAACAUGCCAGCUCGGCCAUUUUGCUGGCUGAAGAGGAGGAACGUUCCCAGCGAGAUCUAGGCGUGGGAUUGUACGGAGUCAACACCGAGAUUAGACUCGGUUCGAAUUACCCUCAGAACUCGGACCUUUUACGCAUGGCACCUCCCAUCAACGAGCGUCGCCGUCUGACCUUUGCACGCCAGCAGUUGUUUACCAAUGGCAUGACCAAAGAGCGCUUCACCAAAGAUAUCCAUGACAUCGUCGGGCCACAUAACGUGAUUCUUGUCUGGCUCUUCAACACAGGAAAUGCCACGGUUGUCUUUACCGCGACAGUCAUCGCCCGACGGGUUCGCGACGAGUUUAUUCAAUUGGCUCGAGAACGAGGGCCCUACACCGACGUCCAGGUCGGCUUCUCACACGAUCCAUGUGAACGCCCGAUGAACCUGAUCACGCAGAUCCCGUACCCCGUACCUGGUGCCGCAGCCCGCGAGCGCAGUGACAGUGGAAAGUCGGCAUCAAGUGGUGGCCGAGGAUAUAACCCUACUGCUCCUAAGUUCGUCCCAGGUGCCAACCACACCGCGCGGCCAAGAAAGGCCACUGACUCUGAGGGUUGGCAGACAGUUUCGAGAAAGCGUUGA